AUGGCGCAUGGAUAUAUUUCGUCAAAGGGAGCAUUGGAAGUGGAGGAUGUUGGCAAUCAAGUAUGCGAUGAGCUCGUUUUGAGAUCUCUCUUGCAAUACGUUCCGGAUACAAACAAAACUAUUUUGAUUAUGCACGAUCUUGUUCAUGAUCUCGCCGAAUCAAUUAUGGAGAACAAAAUACCCGGAGUGCAAGUCCAAAGGAAAGUAACAAGUGCAUCCAAUAGCAAAAUCCGCCAGGUAAAUCUCAGAAAAAAGUUAAUUGCGUUUCCUACGAGUAAUCAACGUGAGAUGGACAUGUCUUUCAUUUUAAAUAACUUUUUACGUUUGAGGAUAUUAGAUGCAAGUAUGACAGGGAAAAAUGAAUUGUCUUCUGCAAUAAGCCAUUUGAAACAUUUGAGACACUUGAAUUUGUCCGGAACUGAAAUUCGUACCUUGCCCGACUCAUUAUGUUGUCUCUGGAAUUUACAUGUUUUGAAUUUGGAUGAGUGCAAUAAGCUUGAGGCUUUACCAAAGAAGAUGAGGGACUUAAUUAAUCUUCGUCAUCUAUAUUUGGAAAAUUGUCAAUCAUUAACGGAGAUGCCAUCUAAAGUUGGAGAACUUACUUGCCUAAAAACAUUGAGUCGGUUCAUUGUGGGCCGGGAUAGAGGUAAUAGACUUGAGGAAUUGCAGUAUUUGAACCUUGGUGGCAAGCUUGAACUUCAUCAUCUGCAGAGAGUGGAAAGCACAAUGGAUGCAAAGAAAGCAAAUCUUGCUGAGAAAAAAAAUCUUCGUCAUUUGAAGUUAUACUGGGAAUUGUAUUCAAAUCAAGAGAAUAUAGAUGAAGAGGUGUUGGAAGCACUUGAACCUUACCCAAAUCUUGAAACUCUAUUAAUUAAGGGAUUCAGGGGUAGGUGUUUUCCGAUUUGGAUGUCGAAUUCAACUAUGAAGAAAGUAGUUCGAAUUGAUAUAUCAUUCUGUGAGAGUUUUAUGCAUCUUCCGCGACUGGGAGAGCUACCUCUUCUUAAAACAUUGUUGUUAAGCAAUGUGAAGGUGGAGUACAUUAUUGAGAUUGAGGAAGAAGUAGUUCAAAGAAAUACAUUAAUAAGCGUACAACAGUUCCCAUCUCUGGAAAGCUUGUACUUAUGGGGGCUUCCGAAUUUCAAAGGGUUGUCAAAAGAGCAAGUGAUGAGAUCAACUGAAGCAUUUCCAAAUCUCGAGGAGCUAGAUAUUGGAUGGUUCUCAUCAUUAGCACUACCACCACUCUCAACAUCUCUCAAAAAGUUGAAAAAUUUGAAAUGUGGUAGCUUAAAUCUGGCUUCAUUGUCUAAGCUGGAAACUCUUACUGAUCUGACCGUGCACUUCACAAAUACGUGCAAAUGUAUUGCAGUUGAGACACUGCAGAGCCUCGCCAAUCUCAAGAAAUUGGAGAUUUGGGAAGCAGAUGAGCGGUCUCUGCCAGAAGAUGGGAUGCGAGCCUUGAAAUCUCUUACAAGUUUGUCGAUAAACUAUUGUCGGAAACUGAUGGGGUGUUUGCCUCAAGGGUGGCUGCGACACCUCACUGCUCUGGAGGAACUAGACAUAUUUCAAUGUGACGGAGUUGUUGAGCUGCCUGAUGAGGUUAGAUACCUCAAAUUCCUUACAAAAGUCGAGCUCAAAAGUCUUCCAAAGAUGGUGUAUCUACCCAAGGCCUUGCAACACCUCUCAUCCUCACUCCAACUUCUAAGCCUAAACGACCUUCCUCAGAUGAGUUCACUGCCGGAAUGGUUGGGAGAUUUCACAUCUCUUGAAGAGUUGACUAUUUCAGAGUGCCCAAAGGUAACAUCACUUCCAACUAGAAUCCGGGGAAUGACAAAUCUCCAAUUCAUUUUAGUGAUGGAAUGCUCGGAAUUGGAAAGGAGAUUUGUUACGAUGGAAGGCAAUUCGGGAGAUUCUCGCCCCGAUCUUGGGUGGUGGUUCUACGGCAAUCGAUCCACGAGAUUUAGAUGCACCUCUUUACCAGUGGCCGCAAUCCACCUGUCUCGGUCCCUACCAUCCUCGUCGAGGGCUUUGAUUGGUUGCACUCAAUUGAUUGAGUUCAUUACGGCGGCGGCUCUAGGAUUUGUGACGGAGUUAGAACUGGCGGCAAGGGAUUUGGGGUGA